AUACUGAUAUUUCGUGGUUGAACCGCCAGAAUGAUACGGUUUCAUGGACCAUGAGUUGUAGUUGGUGGGAAAACCUGAUUAAAAUCUAGACAGGAAGCACGCAUCAGUCGAAUAUGCAAGUCAAACCGAAGGAAUCCAUUGAUAGGAGUUUCUGUGCUGGAGGCAGAGAAGAGAAAGAAGACGCACAUCAGAUUACAUUCAGCCGUCAAAAAUUCGCGGCAAGCUGUGCUGUGCUGUGCUGUGGUGGUUUCUUUCUUUUAGUAUUUCAGGAAGCAGCGGCAGCCGGCGACGGCAGAGAGAGGGAUGAGAGAAUCUCAAUAAGCUUUUCCUUGGCGUUUCCUCUUGUUUUUCACUACCGCCUCUCUCCAGUUUCUCUCUGAUAUGUGAUCGGCGAGGUUACGUUUUCUACAGGAAAACAAUGGCUUUAAAACUGUAUGCAGGGUAUCCAGGAAACAAAAAUGUAAACAAGGCACUUAUUGUUGCAGAAUACUCUGGUGUGAAGAUUUCUGUUGUUGAGAAAUUUGAGAUGGGUGUCACAAAUAAGACUCCUGAAUUUCUCAAGAUGAACCCCAUUGGAAAAAUUAUUACCAAGCUUUGUGAUUCAUGUUCCAGACACCAGUUCUGGAGACACCGGAGGGUUCUAUCUUUGAAAGCAAUGCCAUUGCUCGAUAUGGUGAAACUACAUAUGCAUCUGCGUAUAUUUUUUUUUUUCUUUUCUUUUGGGAAUUCUUCUAACAGUCAAUUUGUUGAUGUAGUUGCAAAGCUGAAGGCUGGCAACCCUCUCUUUGGUUCUUCUGCAAUUGAACACGGCCAGAUUGAGCAAUGGAUUGACUUCUCAUCUUUGGAGAUUAAUGCCAACCUAAUGAGUUACUUUAAAGCUAGAAUGGGACGGACUCCUUAUUUCCCUGCUGUUGAGGAAGCUACAAUGGCUGCAUUGAAGAGAGGUUUCGACGCAUUGAACACUCAUCUUGCCUCAAACACCUACUUGGUUGGGCACUCUGUCACUUUGGCUGACAUUGUCAUGACGUGUAAUCUGUACAUGGGAUUCGUCAGAAUCUUGCCUAAGAGCUUUACCUCGGAAUUCCCUUAUGUUGAGAGAUACUUCUGGACCAUUGUCAAUCAACCCAAUAUUAAAAAGAUUUUUGGUGAUGUCAAGCAAACUGAUUCUGCUCCUUCUAUUGAGUUUGCCAAGAAGCCUGGUCAGCAAAAGGAGAAGGCAAAGCCCGAAGAGGCAUCAAAGGAAGCGAAAAAGGAGGAGUCAGUUAUUGGGGUGGAAGAAGAAGCACCUAAGCCCAAAGCCAAGAAUCCUCUUGAUUUGCUGCCUCCAAGUAAGAUGAUUUUGGAUGAUUGGAAGAGGCUCUACUCCAAUACCAAGUCUAACUUCCGUGAGGUCGCCAUUAAAGGCUUCUGGGACAUGUAUGACCCUGAGGGCUAUUCACUGUGGUUCUGUGACUAUAAGUACAAUGACGAGAAUACGGUGUCAUUCGUUACUCUGAACAAGGUCGGCGGGUUUCUCCAGAGGAUGGAUUUGGCCAGGAAGUAUGCAUUUGGGAAGAUGCUGAUCAUCGGCGGGCAGCCACCAUUCAAGGUGAAGGGUCUGUGGCUCUUCCGUGGGCAAGAGAUCCCUCAGUUCAUCGUUGACGAGUGCUAUGACAUGGAGCUGUACGAGUGGGCGAAAGUAGACAUCACCGAUGAAGCCCAGAAGGAGCGUGCCAGCCAGAUGAUCGAAGACUUCGAGCCAUUCGAUGGAGAGCCUCUGUUGGAUGCCAAGUGCUUCAAAUAG